UUUGUUUGAAAUCAAACGGCAACCGUGACUCGUUGGUUGCUGAGUGCGCCCGAAUUUCCCGCAAUUUCUGUCAUGCCCGACCAGUUGUAGAGACGUUCGGGAGCAUCUACGUUUCGUCGCGGAACGCGAAGAAACCGGGACGGACGCGCGCACGUUGUUAUUUAUCACAGUCUUUUAUUGUUACCCGGUGUCUCGUCCCGGCGGUGGAGUUCCACGAUCCCAUACACGUUGUUGACUGAAUUUCGUGCGUGAGGGAUAUCAUCGCGCGAGUUACGGCGAUAAUGGCUACAAUCAGGAUACACCAGGAGGAUCAGGAGAAUCGCAUUACCGGCGAUUUGCGCGGACGCGGGAAGGAAAAUCUCGCCGCCGCCGCCACCGCCGCUGCUGCCGUAAGCACACAAACACAAGUGUUGCACCAGGCGAAACGCGCCGUCCUCGGAGUUCUGCACAACAAUUGCCCUCGGAACGGGACGAAGCCUCAGGAGAUCUACAAAGAUGAGAAGUAUGUCAAAUCUAAACCAUUUAUACCUAUGCAAUCAGAGUCUUUCAAAAUUUAUGAAGAAGACUUUUAUAAGAAAGAGGAACCAACUUUCAAAAUUUACGAGGAUAAAUUAGAAGAAGAGACAUCUGUCGCCCUUAGAAACUCAAAGGAGAACAAGGAAGUAAAAGAAACAAUAGCGAAAUCUGAGAAAGAACAGCCAAGAUUAGAAAUAUGCACUAUAGAUAGCACUUCUACUUAUGCGUUUUGUAAUAAGAUCGAAGAAGUCGAUCAAAAAAAGAAGGAUGAUAUCUUAUUGAAAGAUAGUCCCAUGUCCCUGGGAAUGUCAUUGGAGAAAUCUCUCACAUAUAGCAGUUCUUCCAACGAAGAGUAUAGACUCAGAAGAGAAUGUAAUAAGGAAUUGAGAAUUAAUAUCUUUGAUGUAGAUGAAUAUAGAGCUGAUAUAUACAAUUAUUUACGAACAUCAGAGUCACUACAUAGACCAAAGCCUGGUUAUAUGAAGAAACAACCUGAUAUUACGUAUUCAAUGAGAUCUAUAUUGAUAGAUUGGCUUGUAGAGGUAGCUGAAGAAUAUCGAUUACAGGACGAGACGCUUUACUUGGCCAUUUCAUAUAUUGAUCGCUUUUUAUCGUACAUGAGUGUUGUAAGAUCAAAAUUACAACUUGUUGGGACUGCCGCUAUGUUUAUUGCAGCGAAAUACGAGGAGAUUUAUCCUCCCGAUGUAGGAGAAUUUGUAUAUAUCACGGAUGAUACAUAUUCAAAAACACAAGUGAUAAAAAUGGAAAAUUUGAUAUUGAGAGUUUUAUCGUUUGAUUUAACUGUACCGACACAUGUCACAUUUCUUAUGGAAUACUGUAUCAGCAACAACUUAUCGGAUAAAAUUAAAUUUUUGGCAAUGUACUUAUGUGAGUUGUCAAUGCUGGAGGGAGACCCAUAUUUACAAUAUUUGCCCAGUCACUUGGCUGCGUCCGCGAUAGCACUAGCGCGGCAUACGUUUCGUGAAGAGAUUUGGCCACACGAAUUGGAACUGUCAACUGGAUACAAUUUGAAAACUCUUAAAGAAUGUAUUGCGUAUUUGAACAGAACCUUCUCCAAUGCUCCUAACUUUCAGCAAACGGCAAUACAGGAGAAGUAUAGAAGCAGCAAAUACGGUCAUGUAUCUAUGCUGUUGCCUCGUAGUACCGAGGCGGUAUCGUGCGAGGACGAAGAUGAAGAAGGAAACGCUUAGUAAAAAAUAUUAUCAGACACAGGAUUAAAAUAAUUUUUUUCUGUGUCUUUACGUUAAUAAUUGAAUAACGAACCUCCCGAAACAGCUCUACAUACACUGAAAAUGGAGGAGGGGAUCAGGGCAAGACUUGAUCUGCCAUUCUGGCAAAAUGGGAGAAAAAUCAUAUGAUUUAUUUCUUUUUGUUGGCUUGUUGCAGUCGGGUCGGUACAUUUUGCGAGAGCAAAUUGGUACCUGACUCUCCUACCUUCAUCGCACAUUAUCUUGUAUCAUCGUCUUCUUAUUAAGUCAUGGCCUAACAAAAAUUUUCAUAAUUUAGAGUUUCUUCAUAUCGAUGUGAAACUCUAGCCAAAAAGAAAAAGAGGGAGAAAGACAAACAAGACAUUAUCUAGAAAUUGUAUUUUUAUAAGUACUUUUUAGAGGAUUAAAACAAACGCGAUACAUGCAAACGGCUAAAAAUUCGAUUGCAAGUAAACCGUUCCAAUAAUAAGAAUCGUAAGCAAAGCGAUUUUAUAUUUAUUAUUAUCGUUUUACCAUUAGGCGUGUGCCAUUUAACGGUAAAAACGACAUAUUCUGUUUGAGAUAUCCCAGAGAAAUUAAUUUGCAAUUAAUUAUUUCGAUCAAUUUUUCAGUCCUUGUACAGUUAUUUAUUUACAACAUUCUAGGUACCAUAAUAUCAAAUGCGUAGUUUGUUUUAUUAGAAGUAAGGUGUAUCUUUUAUAUAUAUAUAUAUCCCUGUAUUACAUUAUAUACAAGAAUAUUAGAUUAUACGCUGUGCAAGAUUACAUUGUCAAUUCUUUCCUGGCACAAAUCGUUUUGAAUUUUUCUUUCAAGAACACGCGUGCCUUUUUUUUACAACCAGUCGUUCAUAGUGUGUGAAUGUAAAUGAAUCGCACAUUCGCAGUAAUUAAUAUACAUUCAUUUCAAUGACGCACAUUUUCAAUCGUAUUGACGUGCAAUAUUGCACAGCAUAAAUUACCGCACUUUAACAUAGCGCAAAAUACCUAAGUGUUCAUCAAAUCUAAUAUGCAUGAAAAUAUGUUCAUAUGAGAAAUUUAAAUACAGAUAUAAAAAAAUGUUAUGGAAUCAUAUAUCGUUACAUGAUUACACGUUCAGUUCUAUAUUAAUUGUAAAUUUUAUGAUCUGCUCCACAAAGUUUAAUAUAGCUGACGUGGCAUGAGGACUAGAAUUUUUCCAAAGAUUACUGUUGAUGAACUAAAAAAAUAUAACUAGCUUCCGAGAUGGGCCAAGCAUAAAAUAAAAAUUGUUACCGC